UUUUGUGGACGUUACAAAAAUCAUGGACUCGUGGGUCACACAGAAAGGAUUUCCUGUUAUAUCAAUUUCAAGUGAUAAAAUUCAGAGGAAAGAUGGCAGUUUGUCCUACAGGGCAAGUCAGAAAAGAUUCUUUAGAGAUUUUACCUCGACACACUUAAAGGAUGGGAAUGCAAAGGGACAUGGAUGGUAUGUUCCGCUGACUUACAUUACUGAAACCUCACUUAGUAGUAUGAAAACUGUGUGGAUGAACAAGUCUUCAGGUAUAGACCUUAACAAACCAACUAAGCCUUUUACCUCAAAAGAAAUUAUUCAAUUGCAGCCUGUCGAUUAGCUCACACGAAAACCCUUGCUUCUCCGACGUUUACGCCUAUAAUGGGCCAUUUCCGCG